GGCAUCGCUACUAGGAGCAUUCUUACUACUAGUAACAAGAUGUUUACUGAUCCCGCGGUGAACCCAAUGAAGCUGCAGUGGCUGGUCUUCUUUUCCGGAAGUCCAAGCAGGGGAGACUGGAAACGGGUCGACGCAGCCUCCCGCAUUGUCCGGGCAGCAUUGUCCUGCAACAGUCAAUGUCACUUGGUAUUUGAAGACAGGACUUGCAUCAGCAUCGAACCUCACUUCUUGCUUGGAGUUUGGACGGGCACAGAGGCCCACUAUUUUGAGUUGAUCCAGUCUAUCGUGAAGGGGGAGACCUAUCCUGGAGUAUUGCUUCAGGGAAAUAGCUCGAGGAUGGCUUUGAAAGAGUGUUUGUCAACUCUGAUCAUUCAGCAGAUGCCAAAUAUUGAUGUCGUGCUCGACUUUCGCGAAGAUGGAGCCAUGGUCUUGGGGGGAUUUGGUGAACAAAGGCCUCCCUCACGACCUACCGCCGCUCUUUGUGUCAUCGGCGGAGUUCGUGACAUUCACCAGCGAGAACAUGAUGUGUUAAACACUAUUUGUGAGCAGCUGCAGAAACCACAACUGAGUGUAAGCUUGGGAUCAAAAGCGGAGCUUACUUCGAAGUGUAUCAAGGCUGUGGGAGAGAUGAAUCGCAGCGUUCACUUUGGCAAUGCAGUGUCGAGCCUGCUGGCAAAAACUCGUGAUCCACCCCCGCACGCACCAAGUCGAAGGCCACAUUUGCAUUUGAUCGUUCUUACUCCGGGAGGACUGACAUUGUCUGAGUUUGUAGAGCGUCCAGGGACUGCCACAAUGGUUGUUGAUGCAUUUAUCCACAGUCACGGCAUCUACAGCAACACUUGGCUGAGCAUCCUCUCUUUGAAAGGCGAGUCCUUGACAAUUCAAGCGCCUGGAAAGUGCCUUGCUGAAGCUGAUGCAACAGACUUUCUCAAGGAAAAGCUGCGUCGAAAUGUACCGCGGAACCUUGAGGAGACACUUCGUGACGGCAAGCAACACUUGCAGCGUGCCCUGGUGGUCGACGAAGAGAGGCCCGGGCUACAAAUGUUUGAUUCCGUGGCAUCCCCUGAAGAUAUGAAGGUUCCCGUGGUGGUCAUUUUUACCAACAACCGUGAGGAGCGUGAAAAGACACUUGAUGCGCUCGGGGCUGCAGGCAUAGUCUUCCAUGGGCAAGCUUCCAUGGGGGGCCUUGGGCCAGGGCUCGCAUAUGCAAAUAUGCUACAUAACUCCGCAUUGCUGGCUCCGGUCCUGAAAGCUCCGCUGGCUCGACGACCUGCACCGAAGCCAUUGCAGCCAUCGUGCCCCACUGUCAGCUUAUCGUCCAGAGUUCCAGCUCAUGAGAGACCUAAAGGUGUGAGACGCUUGGCACCAUGGGCUACCAAGCAACCAGAGGCAUCACCUGACGAUACUACGCUGUCGAAAGGCCAAAGCAUGUCCGGUGAUCGUGAAGCACCUGCUGCUCCUGAUGUGACAAGUGAUCCGGUGGUGGACGCUGCACCAACUGCUACGCCAACUGAUCCCAGUGACGCGGACCCGACACCUGACGGCGCUGCAAGCUCCGCUGAGACGAGGUGGGAGAAAUGAGCGUGCUUUGUUGGCCUUUUGCAAGGCCUCUUCAAGGAACUGCUGGACGAGGAGGACCUUUGUGGCAGCGCCAGUGGUCAUAGGACCAAGAGCAAUGGGCCUGUUUGAGACGCAGAAGGAGGCCCAUAACAGUUGCCCAGUGCCCACAGAGACACAAAUGGAACGUGGCAGAGACAGCCCUGGCAUUGCGCAUGACCCUGUUAAGCUCCGGCUGAUCUGGCCCGUUCGAAGUUCGAGCAUGUACAGUGUACAGCUUGUUCUUGCAAUAUGGUAAUGGUGGGAUCUUCGUGCUCUUCAUGGUUGCACAGGCUCUCCCACAGGCAGUGAUUCAAGAGUUGGCAGUUCAAACGGAUGCCUUAGUCUCAAACAUCAGGGUGAUGCAGCAUGCACCUCGCAGGAGAACUCAAAG